AGCUCAGGAGGGGGAAUGGCUCUUCAUAUUCAUGAAGCCUACAUAUUUCUGUUGCUAAUUCCUUCUUUGGUCACCCCAGCUGCUUUCAAUCAUGAAGACUACCCUGCUGAUGAAGGUGAUCAGGUUUCAAAUAAUGAUAAUAAUCUGAUUUUUGAUGACUAUCGGGGGAAAGGAUGUGUAGAUGACAGUGGUUUUGUAUACAAACUUGGGGAGCGUUUUUUCCCUGGGCACUCCAACUGUCCAUGUGUUUGUACCGAGGAUGGGCCUAUUUGUGACCAACCAGAAUGCCCCAAAAUCCACCCAAAGUGUACUAAAGUAGAACACAAUGGAUGCUGUCCAGAAUGCAAAGAAGUGAAGAACUUUUGUGAAUACCAUGGGAAAAGUUACAAAAUCCUAGAGGAGUUUAAGCCCUCGCCAUGUGAAUGGUGCCGUUGUGAGCCCAGCAAUGAAGUUCACUGUGUUGUAGCAGAUUGCGCCGUCCCUGAAUGUGUCAACCCAGUCUAUGAGCCAGAACAGUGUUGUCCAGUCUGCAAAAAUGGUCCAAACUGCUUUGCAGGAACCACCAUCAUUCCGGCUGGCAUCGAAGUCAAAGUGGAUGAGUGUAACAUCUGUCACUGCCAUCAUGGGGACUGGUGGAAACCUGCCCAGUGCUCCAAACGUGAAUGCCAAGGCAAGCCGACUGCAUAGGGCAAAGCUCCCAGCAAUGAUGUUUGCACACCCAUUGUGACAGCUUCCCAAGCUGAAUCUGACAGCUGCAGUUGAGUCACCAGCAAACUCUUUUAGGGUUAAAUAAGACAAUUUUACCUGUGAGCUUGUUCUCUUCCUCUCUUUUCCUCUCUGAAAAAAAAAAUCUAUGUAGCUUGACAUUAUAGCAAGCAAUGCAGGUUGGUAAAUUAGCUUAGGAAUGGAAUGUUCUACAGAGCUUCUUCUGGUGAUGGUUUAUGUUUUCUCCACCCCGUGGGGAUAAUUGAAAAUAAAAAUGUAUGCUCUAAUUUCGAUAGAAAACAAGCUAAGCCAACCAGUGUAAGUAGUCAAUAUUCAUGAAAGAGAUUAUACAGCCUAAGAAAAUCAAACUCUUAAGAUCAUCACUCAACAAGAUAUACCAGUGUCAGUCUGUUGCAUUAUCAUUUUUCCCACCUCUUUGGUUUUAGGCAAGGAGGAAAGAAACUGCAGCUUCCUAGAGAUUCACCAUCAGACUAAAUAUGCCUAUUCAGGUUAAUUUUAGUGACAAUUACUGCCCUCUUUGCACUCUCUCUCCAUCUUUGAAUAAUCUCAGCAUGAAUGUAGAAAUCAACUGGUUCUUAAGAGAUAAUAUGUACAUCUCUACUGGAAGAAAUCAUCUGACAUA